AUGAUUAGAUAAUUUGAAGUCAUGGGUUUGUAACAGGUGAAUCAACACUUACUAUGUUCCAUCUGCAGAGAAGUAUUUUAUAAUCCAAUCCGAGCAACAUGUGGGUAUAAUUAGAUUCAAAUUAUAGACAUACAUUUUGUGGUACAUGUUUGGUUCGUUGGAUACAAUAGAAGAAGAGUUGUCCUCUCUGUAGACAUCAAUUAGAACGCAAUUAUAAAUUCGAUAAGGAUAUUCUAGCAACCAAAAUAGUUGGAGAUGUUUAGGUCAAAUGUUUGAGGUGCUUAUUAUGGAAUGGCACAUUGGCAGCGUUCAAAUAACAUAAGAAAACUUAAUGUAAAUUUGUUUAAAAAAAUAAUGAAAUACCCUAAAAUGCAAUUGAAAUUGGAGAUGAUAAUGCCGAAGAUAUCACAUUUCCAUUUAUUAUUAUUGAUACUCGUAAGAUAGUUAAGACUGCUAACCAUCCUAUUCUAGUAUAAAUAGAUGAAUAAAAUAAUAAACAUGAUGAUGAUCUAUUUAUAAGCUAAACGAGAUAGAGUAACCAUUUUUAGAAUGACAAUUCUCAAGUAGAAAUUAGCCCUUAUGUUAUAAGUGAUUAAUCAAAUCAUAUAAUAAUUGAGACCCAGGAUAAUGUAGUACUAGAGGAAUCUAGCUAAUAAUAAUAAAUAUUUAUAUGCCCAAAUAAUCAGUUAUACAUAGAUAUAGAUAAAUUAGACAAUUAAAAUUAGAAUAACUAAACGGAUGCAAAAGAUUUAUAAAUUACUAUUAAUGAAUAAGAUAACCAUUGUGAACAGUCAGAAAAUAGAAUAAAAAUAUCACAAAAUCAAUAGAUACAACAUCCAAAUUAAUCAGAAAUAGAAAUAUUAGAACCCUCUUUAAGAAUACUUAAUAGUAGAGAAAUCAAGGAAUUAAAAUCUAAGCGGAAAUUUAAAAUUAAUACAAUAAAAAAUGCUGUGUCAGUAGUUGAACCCCUAAUUGAUUCUAUGAAUGAUGAUUAAUUCAAUAAGUUUAUAGAUCAUAUGAAAAAGGAAAUGACGAAUAAACUUAAUGAACUUUUAAAUACUUCUAUUUUAUGA